AUCUCUGGUAAUGCUGUUUACUGCGAUCACAGGUCUCCUUAUCAUAUCGUGUAUGAAGACACAAUACAACAACAAUCCGAUCGUCGCUGCCAAUUUGAUAUUCGGACUUGUAGCUGCGUGCUUAUCUACUUACCAGAUAAUCAUCACACUGUUGUUGCUUUGGCAGGCGGUUAAGACAAAGGGCAACAUAUUCCUGUGUUCACUGUGGUUCGUGUCCCACAUAUCAUUGCUGACGAUGUACUUUCUGCUGUUCAGCGCGGAGGUUGUGGUCUGCUUUGUGAAGAAGCGAUUCAUUACUGCUGUCGUUACUAUGUUUAUAGGAAUUCUAUACGAAGGUUUCUAUUUUUAUUAUAAAUACUUUUGA